UGUAGGCACUAUCAGUGUCAACAACAGCUGUUAGCGGAACGAUCCUAAAUAGUGCACUGCUUCCUGUGCACGCACCCUACGUAGCCAUAUGAGAAGCCGUUCCGUCUUACCCUAUCUAGUGCACUUGUAUCAGAAGCAGGACGCCAUUUGUAAUUCAGCCUGUGUAAUAGCUACAGAAGGAGGGCGUCUCAACCUGGAGUUUACUGCAGUGUAAUACAGCGAAUACACGGCGUAAUUAAUCAAUAAUGGACCAUUUACGAGAUUCGUCCUUGUGUCUGGACUCUCCAUCCAAACACAGCUACAUUGGGAGCUUUUACGCACCUCCAGACAGGAUUCCCUCCCAGCUGAUGGUACAGCACCAGGUCAAACCCUGCAGCACCCUGGUGAAACCCUGCAGCACCCUGGUGAAACCCAGCAGCACCCUGGUGAAAUCCAGCAGACUGACACAGCACACAGUGCCUGACUCCGGCAGCAGAGCAGUGAUCGCAGCAUUGAAAACUCUGCAGGAGAAGAUGAGGAGGCUGGAGCUGGAGCGUGUGCAGGCAGAGAAGAAUGUGGAGAGGUUUGCUCAGGCUGCCCACCAGUUUGCCAGCUCUGGAAACCAAACCAGUCAGCAGCUGCAGAGCAGAGAGGGAGAAUCCUCCAAGAGAAAAGAGCUGGUAUCUCAGUUGCACUCGGCUGAAGCUCGGUGCUCUCUGUUGGAAAAACAACUGGAAUACAUGAGGAAGAUGGUGGAGAGCGCACAGAGAGAGACAACCGCUCCAGUGGACAGAGAGGAGUGUGUGCAGCAGAAGAAGAAGAACAAACGCACUGAACCACAGAUCCAAGUUCAGUUGCAGAAACUGGAGGAAGAGUGUGUUAAGCUUACCAACACGCAGUCCGAGGCAGAGAGGAAGAUUAAGCUCUUGGAACGGAAGUUACUCGAAGAGGAACACGAGCGCAAACUCGUGCAGGAGAAAGCCGAGGAGUUACAGAGAGAGCUGGAGGCUAACCUGCUAUUUUCGGCUGCUGAGGUGAAACCCAAGAAGUUGAAGAAGCAGACCAAAGAGAAGACCUUGACUAAAAAAUCCGUUAACACGGAGGUUCCUCGACGUGCCCCUAAGCCCAAGCGAAUGCCGUUCGUCGCCGGAACGUCGACAAGCCCCAGUCACUCGGUUAACGCCAACGUUCAGACUGUGCUGCACCUCCUGAAGACCAGGCAGCCUCGGACGUGUGAGAGGACGCAGUCCGAGCCGAAAAAACGCAGCGGCUCUCACCGAGCCCCACAAUCCCCCAGCGAUGGAGCUGCAGCUGUGGGCAGCCUUUCUGAACUGCUGCUAGCUCUACAGGACGAACUGGGCCACAUGAGCUUUGAACAUCAGGAGCUGGUCAGGCAGAUAGACGAGACUGAUCAACGCGAGCUGAGGGAGGAUCUGGAGAGAGAGCUGGACUGCUUAGUCAGGAGGAUGGAGGAGAAGGCGGCCCAAAUCACCAAGCUGCGGAAGCACCAGCAAACCCUCUCCCAGCGCAGCCCGAAGCAGAAGCCGAAGCCAAAGCCAAGGCGCGCAGCCAGCGCCGACAGCCGGUGUGUAAACAGAGUCCAGGUCGUGCCUUCGUGCGUAGGUAAAGCCUCGCCCUCCAGACCACAGAGGCAUCAAUCGGCCGGCCACGGGCGCCUACAGCUUCUCCGAGACGCCCAGAAAAUGCAGUCGAGUCUCCGCCAACGAGACAUCAGCUGGGAAACGUAGAUCCUCGAUAUCCUUCUCAACCUUGAGCGAGGUGCAGAGUGAGCAAGAACACUGAAAUGUAAAUGUCUUAUAAGUGUGACAGCUCGGAGGAUGCGUGUAACAUGCGGAUUUUGUGAUUGUAAGGGUGUUUUUUGCUUGACGUGUGCGUUUACUUUUCUGUUUAUCGAUGCGUCCAUGUUUUUCUUGGAAGUUUUUUGUUUUCUUUCAUGCUUUUUAAUUGUAUACAUCUUUACGCUGUAUAAAUAUUUAAAUAUUUUAAUAAAAUAUCAUUAUGGACAUUUUACACGUUUUCCCAGAGUUGCGUGCUACGACUUGCUCUAUGUCUUUAUCUUUGUUUCUUAAUACCGGUUGAACCAGGGGGGUGGGGUUCAACCGGUUCAGCCGGUUAUCGUCAAAAAUCCACAUCGAUAGCAGCCACUUUAGAGCUUCAGAUCGGACACUGGAUCAGCCGUCCAAUGAUUUGUUAACAUUUUUAGCCAAGGUUGUGUGAUCUUAGGCAAUCAUAGUUAGCUUUUACCUGGUUAUAUUGUCCAGAUAACCUGCUCAGGGGAGCACAGACUGUAAACAGCACUUGGACUAACGGCACUUUCUGACACAUACGCAGUCGAAAGAGGUCUAGCCUUCCUUAGAUUUAGGUGAAUAAAGUUAGAGAACAGAAAGAUGGAAAAAAAAAAAAAACCCUUCAAAUUUCCCUGAUUAUUUUUAGAGAAAAUUUCGACUGGGCAAAUAUCGCAACUUUUCUGGUUCUUAGAGCUCCAUUUAUAGAAUAAUUAUCAAUGUUGAAUUAUCAGCGGUUGGUAUGAAUUUAAAUAGGACUUCCAAAAGAGUGACCGGUGCUAUAUAUAUUACACUUUCGUUCAUUCUCAGCUGUAAGUCCAGUACUUGACUGUACAUCUUGUCCGCUACCUUGAUCUGAGUGAUAUGCAGGAUUUGCUCCGGCUCCACAGCGACCCUGACCAGGAUAAAACGCUUACUGAAGAUGAAUGAUGUCUGUACGUGCUGUAUGUCGGGGUGUCACAGGUAUGCAAUAACCAUAACUCAAAAUCUUUCACAUUAUGUCUGCUAUGAGGUGGAUCCCAACAUCCUUGACCAAAACGUUGACCUUGACCCAUGAUUAAUGGAAAUAAACCAACAUUUAGUAUGUUUCUCUGUAAAAAUCCAUUUCAAUACAAUACAUUAUUCCGAAGGAGAAAAGGUUAAAUAUGUCCUCUUUCCCAAUUGAAGUUUUUGUCAUGUUUUAUUCACUUGUACACUUCUCGCGUUCGAGUUCUUCUUCUGGUUUUAACAAGACCCUUCAGCUGUCACCGAGAAA